AUGACCGAUUUCGUGUACCAAGGUCCUGACUUUGAAGAUAAAGUCAAGAAGCAAGUUGAAUUUUAUUUCUCUGAUAGUAACUUGCAAACAGAUAAAUUUUUAUGGCGUAUUUAUGAGGCUAACGAUGGAUGGGUUGAGUUGAAGACUAUUUUAACCUUUGGUCGUAUGAGACAGUAUCGUCCAGAGGAGAAGGUUAUUGCUGCUUUGAAAACCUCUGACAAAUUAGUGCUUUCUCCAAAAGAGGAUAUGGUUAGAAGAAAAGAUCCAUUGAAAGAGUUCAAUGAAUUGAAGAACACCAGAAAGAGAAAUUCCGUACACAUUGAAGGAUUUCCAAGUGAAAUUACCCAAGAGAAUUUAGAAGAAUUUUUUAACACGAAAAUAGUUCCUAACUUACCAAAGGAAAAAGUUAUUUGUUCAAUCCGUAGAAUCAAGACUAGAUCUACCAAAGAGUUUUUUGGUGUGGUUGAUAUUGAAUUUAAGACACAAGAAGACGCUGAUUACUUCUUGAAAGAAGUUGAAGUAAGCUACCCUCAAGGAAUUGUUGCUAAAGAUUCUGCUGAUGUUGGUGAGAAGUCUGUUUUGAGAAAGAUGUCUCUUUUAACAUUCCAAGAAAUGAGAGAAAGCAGUAAGAGAUUCGGUGUCAAUGAAGUCACAAAGAGACGUAACAGUUUUAAUGAUUCCAGAGGCAACAAGAAGUUUGGCAAAGGUUUCAAGGGCAAGAAAAACAAUAGACGUCCAUCCAAGGGACAAGAAGAUUCCAAAGAAGGAGAUUCAGAUGAUAAUUCCGCAAAUAUUUCCAAAGUAGUCGAAGAACCUGCUAAUGAUUCUGAAAACGCUGAACCAGCUCCAUCUAAGUCUACAAAUGAUGAAGAAAAGAAAACUGAAGUUACAGAAGACAAGAAAAAAACUGAAAAUUAA